CGGUCACACUACCAAAUUACAGCUGUGGCGUCUUUGUUGAAAUCAACGCUCCUUUUCAUUUUCAUUUACAUUUUUCUUUUCGGGCAAUUGGGCAAUUAAUCAGUUGUUACUGUUCCUAAGCGAUAUGGAGCCAAUGAACCUCGGCAGCCCGGUUAACAGCCCCGGCUCCAACCCGAGCCAGUACCUGCCGCCCUUCCUCCUCGGCGAUCCGCAAGGUCUGACGCCGCACAAGAACACGCUAUCCCCGAAGACCGGGCGUUAUAAUGUCAGUUUCGCUACCUCGCCCGGCGGCAACAGUCCCCACGAGCUCAACCGCUCGGCUCUGAACACCCGCACUUUGUUCGCCGCCCAAGGAGGCCCGCCAGUUGGUCACAAUGUCUCGCACACGGCUGUGGGCAACGUAACAACGCCCGGCCACGCUCAGUCGCACAGCCACCACCAGGCGGGACCGCCCACCCAGGGACUCUUCGACUCGCUGCGGGAACAGUCCGCCACGCCGCAGCAACGCAACCAUCUUAGCAUGCUGCAGCUGCAGUCACCGAACCAAAGCUACCAGAGCAGCUAUCACACCAACGACUCCUUCGCCCCCGGGGCGCCCAAUGCCCCCAACGCCUCCAUGCGGGCCCUGUGCUCGCCGCUGGGAGCCACUGCCUCGCCAAUUGGAGUUUUGGGAACACCCGUGACAGCGGGCGGCAACUCACGUCUGGCCGACUUUUGGGUGACCAUCUUUGGAUUUUCGUCGGGGGCCAGCUCCAUGGUGCUGCAGCACUUCACCGUCUGCGGCACGAUUGUGGAUGUGGUGCAUGCCCCGCAGAACGGCAACUGGAUGCAUGUGCGCUUCUCCUCGCGCAUCGAAAGCGACAAGGCGCUGAACUACAACCAAAAGAUUAUCGCCGGCAAUGUGAUGGUGGGCGUGGCCCGCUGCACGGAGCGCUCGGUGCUCGAUAAGGAGAACAGCAGCUGGCUGGCCAAUGCAGAGACAGUAGAUCUCCCCACCAGCCCCACUUCGUUCCGUCCCUUUGCCCAGCAGUCGUACAAGCUGGCCCGCAACGAAAACACCAUAUCGCCGACGAAGGAUGUGCCCCAGAAGAGCUCCGGACUGAUGGACAAGGCCAUGGACCUAAUCUUCGGCUGGUGAAAAGGCAAGGCAAGGAGUUUCCGGCUACUUAUUUAAUAAUUCACUGCGUACAUCCAGCAUACAUACAUACAUACUUAUUAAAAAGAGAUAUAAUAGCAA